UCUCUGUUACCUCACCUUACCUUUAUACCUUCAUCUCGCCGAACUAUUUCAACUUGAAGCACGAUACCACGAUACUCACUGCUCCACCUUUGCGCUUCCUAUCACCAGACAAUGCGGUUUAUCUCGCUUCGCAAACCCCGUUGACCCCUUCACGCGUCUCGCUACCUACCUGGGCAUCAAGGGACUUGGACCAAAGAGUCAUUGUCAUCCGUUCACGUGCUUGUUUAUGACCACGUCCUGAUGACAUCUUCACACCAUGUCGACCCUUAGCCAUCACAACCGUGGCCUGCCCUUCCUACAUCGGAAUUGGCUCAAGGCUACCAACCACUGGAACUCCAAGAUGGGCAACAAGUCUUCUUCCCAGACUCGCGACGCCGGCGACAAGCUUGCUGAGGACGACCACCAGGCCCGGCGUGCAGCAAAACGCCGCCGUAUCGAUGACGACUAUGAUGGUUUCCCGCUAUUUGAGAACUAUGGCACCGCCCAGCGUGCCCUUCGCAUCGAGGUCCUCAAGAUCAGCCACAAGGACUCGCCGCGGGUGAAGAACGGUAUCUUUAACGGUGUUAUCGCCCCCAACGUUAGGGAUGUCGUCCAGGUCAAGGCCCGCUGCAAGCUCACCAUCAGCGGCUACAAGGGCGGCGAAGCGGUCGUCUUGCACGUCGACAGCCAAGUUUGCGAUGUUCGCGUCUUCAAAAACCCUGCCGGCUCGUCCCCCAUGGCUCGUUUUUCCUCCAUCCGGCCCUUUCACGUUCCAGAAGAGAAGAUCUUUCUCGAGCGUGACGACGAUGCCAUCUUCGGUCUGGCCAACUCUUACUCGGUGCUCGUCGAGCUCGAGUCCGCCGGCGACGCCAACUGGCCGCCAACCGAUCUCGUCCCCAUCAGUGACGAGGACACGUUCUACAACAGGGGGCUCCCGUCUCGGCAGUGGGUGCUCACCGCCAACAUCGCCGACCUCUUUAGCAGCCGCAAUCGCAAGUCGGUCCGCCUACGGGUAAAGAAGCAGCCCAUCAAUGACGUUGCUACCAACUUCCUCAUGGACAUGGACGUUCGUUGGUUAACAGCCAUAUCGAGCCAGCGGAGGCCGCGAGAACCUACCAAAGAUAUCCAGCCCUCCAUCUCGGUGGUUGACCCCCACGAACCCCCUGCGCCCGUGGUUAACGGCAACGCCAACAUUGUCAAUGGCACAAAUAUGCAUCACCGUGACUCCCAGGUUAAUGGCGAGGGGGAGCCCGCACCAAUUGGGCAAGCGAACGGAUCCGUAGCUGAUCCAGCCGACGAGCUGGCCGAGGGCGAGCUUACUCCCGGUCGCUCUCGGCGAACAAGGCUAGACAUCAACUACAACGUCAAGCAGAUGUGGAACAACGCGGUCGGGAAGGAGACUAGGAAGCGGCGGAAGCUUGGGGAGGACCACAGCCAGCUCGACGAGCACACCAUCACAUACCUGCUCCCGCCAGAACAGGUCCAAACGGACAAGUUUGCCUGCCUCCUGUGUGGUGCCGAGAACGACCGUCUCUGCCAGCUGCGUGCUCACUACCUAAGCCAUCCGCAGUAUGAUUUCCACUUUGAAAUCAAGCCCAAGGCGGGGUACUGUGUCACUGUAAAACCGAACGCCGACAGCCGCGGCUCCCCCUUGAGGCCGAAGGUGUACCAGCUCGGCCUGCCCGUUAAACCCCUCGACCUGGACAAGUACGUAAACGGAGAUGACUCCUGGGUCACCUCCCGUCUCGGCCCAGAAAAUGGCCGCGAAGUCUUUGAAGAUACCGCGCCGCAAGGAGGGCGUACAAAACUCACCACCAAACGGACCCGUCGCAAGGUUCUCGUCCCCAAAUCCAAACAACCCCUCUUCGACCCCCUCAGCAAAGUCCGGCUGCAGCCCGGCACCCCGGUUCCGCAGUACCAAAUCGACGACUCGUGGCUCCUGCUCAAGCAUCGGGACAACCUGCAGGACUUCAUCGACCUCAACUCGGCCGAAAAGGAGUAUCUACAGGUGUGGGACGCCUUCAUCCUACGCCAGCACGUCUCGUCGCCGCAGUACCUGCCCCGCAAUUUCCUGCGCUUCGUGCGCGAGAACGCCGCCUGGCUCUCGGCGAAGCGGUCCCGGACCGACGAGUUCAGCAAGCACGUCGCCACGCUGCUCGCCCGCUGCGUGCUGCCGGACGAGGCCAUCGUCAAGGCCACGCAGCUCCUGGAGGACGCCCGGGCCCGCCGCGCCGCGGGCGAGGUCGGGGACGCGCCCGCGUCCGCCCUGCAGCCUGUUAGGAACAAGGCUUCGGGCGGCUGCUGCACCGCGUGUGGCGGACCCGUGCCCCCGGCCACGAUGCUGGUUUGUGCGAACAAGGAAUGCGAACACCGGCUUUAUCACGAUGCGUGCGUGGAAGACACGGAGGAGGCGGUGGCGAAGGGGAGGGGUUGGAGGUGCAAGACUUGCUCGUAACGAGAGCAAGGGGGGCGGGAAUGUAGGCUAUUUCUGGGGUUGA